UAUAUAGAGAGAGACCUUGAAGGUUGGGUGUCCAGUAAUCCAUAGGGUCGAGGGAAAGAGAAAUAAUUGGUUGGACUUUGGAGAACCAAUAAUCAUGGCCAUAAUAAACUACUCUGCCUACUUCCUCUUCCUUCUUCUCUCAACUGUUCUUCCUUUGUUUCUCUUUAGUUGUUCAGAGAAGGUGGAGGCCUAUAGAUUCGGAGAAAUGUUUGCAAAUCAUCAACUCCAUACAUUUCAUGUCGUUUCACUCAGCUCCUUGCAGCCAGCCGCAGUUUGUUCCACUAGUGCACAAGGUUCUAAAAACAUAUGCAAGCUUCUGCCAGUAGCUCACAAAUAUGGGCCAUGCUCACCACUCAAGAAAGGGAAAUCAAAAUUUUCAAUUGCUCGCCAGAUUCUCAUCGACGACGAAAAUCGAGUCAAGUCCAUCCAUUCCAAAAUCUCCAACAAACAAUCACCGGUAGCAGAUUCUACAAUAACACUUCCGGCCAACUCCGGUGCUUACCUAGGGACUGGAAACUUCGUUGUCAAUAUUGGAAUUGGAACACCAGAGAAAAAGUUCACAGUAGCCUUCGAUACAGGUAGUGAUCUCACUUGGAUCCAAUGCCUACCAUGCAACGCCAGCCAAUGCUAUUCGCAACAAGAUCCCUACUUCAACCCUUCUGCAUCCUCCACCUAUUCUAACAUCCCAUGUAACUCUUCUGUGUGUACCCAACUGCAACUAAUCCUAGGCGACACACUGUCCUGUAACACCACCACCACAUGCCAAUACCAGAUUUUUUAUGGUGACAGUUCCUUCUCUCAAGGGGACUUUGCAACAGACACAUUAACACUGUCUUCCAGUGAUGUCUUUCCGGACUUCCAAUUUGGGUGUGGUCAUAACAACCAAGGCCUAUUUGGUUCUACAGAUGGAUUACUAGGUCUUAGCCGUGAUCAGAUCUCUUUGGUAUCACAGACUGUUCAAAGGUAUGGAAAGCUUUUCUCCUAUUGUCUUCCACCCACAAGCAGCUCCACUGGUUUUCUUGCUUUCGGUUGUGAAGCAGGUUCCUCUUCUACUCUUCAAUACACUCCACUGCUAACAAAUCAGAACGACCCACUGUCUUAUUACCUAAAUAUGACGGGUAUAAGUGUUGGAGGACAGAUGCUAAAUAUCUCAGAAUCAGUAUUUACAACUUCAGGAACCAUUAUAGACUCUGGAACUGUCAUCACUCGUUUGGCACCAACAGCCUAUUCAGCCUUACGGUCAGCAUUUCGUCAAGGUAUGUCAAAGUAUCCCAUGGCGCCGUCACCGAAUUCUAUAUUCGACACAUGCUAUGACUUUUCUGGAUACAGUACGGUAGACUUACCAACCAUAGGAUUGAAUUUUGAGGGAGAUACUGACUUGAAUGUUGAUCAGUCUGGGACUUUAUUUCAAGCAAGCUCAACUGUAUAUUGCUUGGCUUUUGCUGGAAAUAGUGCUGAUACAGAUUUGGGGAUCCUUGGAAAUACGCAACAGCUGACAUUUGAGGUGGUUUAUGAUGUGGAAGGAGCAAAGCUGGGAUUUGGCGCUGGGGCUUGUAGUUAAUGAGAAUCAGCCUCUGCAACGCAGCACACCCCUGCUCGCAACCCUUGCCCAAAUUUCAUCUUCUGCAACUACCCCCUUCCACUGGUUUCCUCCUCUACCAACGACCUUCCUAGCUCCCUUCCUAAAAUCCAUUUUUCUUCCCCUGCCCUGUGGUAUUCCAACUGAAACAGGGGAAAGAAUUUGAGUUGAAGUCAGUUAUAACCUUGUUAAAAGCAUCCUCUUCUAACUCAUGUAGGUAUUUAGAAGACCUGUUGGGCAAAAUGGUUGAGAUUUGUAAAGAGGAAUUGUUGAAAAUUCCCGAAAUUCUAUUACAUCAUGCUAGUGUAUACAACAUUUUCCCAAAGAUAAUAUUUCUAUUUCUAGAA